AUGCAAUAUCCGAUGUGAGCCUUUUUUAACAUUGUAUGACCGAUAACUGCAUGAAUGUGAUUCCCAGGUAGAAGAAGGAGGAGGAUGCGUUUACCGGGAGAUGCUUAUUUAGCACUCGUUGUCCACCAUCGGAAACGGGCGGGUCCAGUGCGCAGCUCGUGUCCACGGGUGUUCGCGUCACGCCCCUGCCGAUAGUCAGGAUACACCAGUCCUCCAUUAAGAACACUCAGGCCAUUUACUUGAAAUACCUGGCGCCGAAAAGAGCAUCCGGUUAGACGCCUCCUAUUCUCUCACAUUUUUUACACCUUAUUCUUUGACUACACUUGCUUUAAGGACUAAGAUACAGUCGGGCGCCCUGCUCGAUGCGGAUUUUGAGAUGCUAUAUACGAGCUUUGCUUAUCUUGGCCUCAGCCUCUAGUUCCCGGCAACCUGUUCGCUUUCCUGCUGAACAGAAGUAACGUAUUGCACGUUGUGUCUCGCCUUUCGUAGAUGUCCGGGAGUUCGGCAAACAAAGGCAAUUUCUCAACAAUCUGCAAACAGUGACUAAUCUCAGGAAAUAUUGACCAAGAUUUUGAAAUGCGUUUUCGAUUAGGAGGGAUUUCUUACGUGGGUCUCUGGUAUUCCGCGUGAUUCACCGUACCGACACCACAGGUACUAGCUGAAACUCCAGACGCGUGUUUUGCCGAUACCUCGCCGCUGCAUAACACAGCUGCGAGGCGUUCGGCUCAUCAGUGUGUCUUCUCGUAGGUAGUCGCUUCACAUUUAUACCCGAGCGUAUCAUCCCAGACGAGAUCAGUGAGGGUAGUAAGGAGUAUCCGGAGGCUGCGGUAUACCUACGAUGCGGCUAUGCUUUGCGGCUGAAUAUUUGUUCACUGGAUGCCGAACAUUCGUCGCGUGUGUUCGUAGCUAGCGCGGCAAUGGCUUCGCCGAUCAUGUCCAAAUGGCUAAUUUCCAUGCUUAAUGUUGACACUAAGUUGUCAGUCAGUAGUUGAAUUUGCCACCCGGCGCGCUUCCCUAAAGCUGAGGAUCCUUCCGGAAGUAAUUGCUCAGCCGAAGAAUCAACCUUAAUUCUGCAUGCGGAGGGGCGAGCGCUGCAUUUGAUAAUCAGCUGUGAGCCCGAGAACCGUUACUCAAGUAGCUGGUGAGUUACGCCCAGAAAAAUGAACGAAUGCCUCGGGCGCUCGAUUAGUCUUCGUGUCGACGUUUGGCUCUGCAGCCUCACUUCAUUGAUAACACAUGGGGUUAGCUUCCUAAAACAAUUUUACUUAGCAUACCUAGUUUAGCCACCCGCUGGAUCAGGAAGGAAAAGCGAGCACAAGCAGAGCUCGAAGCACGAGCAGGGAAGCGCUUGAAGGUGACGUGCUCACAUUCUCCUCCUGACACAGCCACUCGCUCGAUUAGUAGGUUAUGGAGGGUGCAAUCCCAACUGAAGGACCACGGAGGAAACCGCGUGGUAAUUCGCAGCACAAGGCCACUGUAAUAGAACCAACGGAGUUCCGCACCGUCCGAACAAUUCCAUUAGCAAGCCCACUUAGCCACUCGGCGCAGGCAGGGUUCGAAGCACGUGCAGGAAAGCGCGUGUGAACUGACACCUGCUGUAACCGAGGCUGGCUUGUAAGCAUUCCCGCCCUCGAGACACAGACAUUCGCCGGAUUAAAAUGGUAAGACAGGCGCAAACACGUAACAUAUGUAAGGUUAGCAUACUUGCAUGUACUAAAAUUGCUUUAGGAAUUUGAUAUCAAUGAAGCGGGGCUGCAGAGCCAAACCUCGCCGUCUUCUUGCCUUCUCAGGCACAUCUGGAACUCGGACGUUCCCCUCCGUUCGACAUCUGUUUACUAAGGGUAUCUAUGGUCUCUCCUCAAUAUUUAGCAGGGAAGUGGUGUCCGAUAAAUAAGGGGUACACUAAAUGUCAUCCCUUUGGUAACUUAUGCGCAAUCCGGGCUCACAACAGAAGAUUUUUGACAAUCGUUACCGCAGGAGGCUAUCGUGGUUUGUAAAACAGAAUAUGUUCAAAACGAAAAGCUUUAGCACCACCCAUGGACUCUUGAUGAACCAGUAAUAGAUUAUCGUACUAAAAAUUUUUAAUGCCCACUUUGGUCGCCAUCAGGGGCUCCUCCCAUUCCUAGGCAUCCCAUGAAUCCCUAAAGGCACAUGAUAAUAUCUCGUUUCUGACGACGACCAGUUUAGUUUGAUAUGGCUUGAAUGUUCCUGCUGGGGUAUAAUGUCGGUGGCGUUACGGAUGACUCGGAGAUGUAAAUGGAAACCUAUCCUGUCCCACAGUUGUCUUAGGCAAUGCGGAAGGCAUAAGCAUGUUUGGCUGGAUAUCUGGUAUACCGUUGGUAUUUUUGCUGUGGCAAGUCUGUUUAGGCAGGUAUUGCCUUAAUCUCAUAAAGUUUGGCAUUCUGAACGAGAUUGCUGUGAGAAUAACCUUAAAUAAGACGAAGAACGUGAGCGACCGUCGGUCCUAAGUCCAGCCCAGGAGCCGACCUAUUUAAACACAUUUUAGCAUGACCCCAGAUGUUUCUUUCCAAAGAACAGCCCUGAACAGGGAUUUUGGUGAUUCCUUAUGCUACUUCUCCCUGGCUUCUACGCGAUUCCCCUCUUUUAUUUUCUUUAAGUCGGAAACUUGAACUGGGCGUGGGUGAGACCAUCGACUCCAUCCGAUUCAACUCUGGUUGGCUGAUCGAUCGCAUUGACUUUACCACUAAUCACAAACGUGUCCUCAGCUGCGGAAGCAGCAGCGGUGGUGGUCUGCGCCAGGUGACCCGAGAUGCCAGUUUUCAGCGCUACGACGACCCCUCGUACAGCAGUCAGGGCUGGGGAGAGUGGCGACAACCGGCGCUGGCACUUCAUGGUUUUGCCUAUACUCUCAUCAGCACCCUCGGCAAGAUUGCCUGGGUGGAUGUACAGUUCCUUUUUUCCGGACUAAAUGAGACGGCCGCUCAACUAAUUGACUCGUCAAAGGUUAAGCUAUCCAUUUGA